AUGCGGCAGGAUGUCCUGGACGAGGGGUUUGAUGGAGAAGAGGAUCCCACGUGCCCGCCCAUCUACUUCACCGCGGCGGAAGAGCGUAUGUAUUGUCGCAACCUCCGGUUUGCCCUCGUCGUAAAAGCUUUGGGCAGGUCAGUUUCUUACACGGCGGUCUCACUCCGGUUGAACAAGAUAUGGGCCAAGGCAGGAGGGAUCCAAGUCACAUCCAUGAAGAAUGGUUAUUUCCUGGUUCACUUUACUAGUGGCCUCGACUACGACCGGCCGGUCACGAAUGGUCCAUGGAUGAUUGGACAAAACUAUCUCUCAGUGCAUAUGUGGGACCGCGAUUUCGACCCGUACAACCAUGAAGUCUCCUCGACUCUAGUUUGGGCUCGGCUGCUUGAAAUUAUGCUUGAACGGUGGGACCUAUGCUGA